UAUUUUUUGUUUUUAUUAAAUAUUGUAUUGUUUCAAGUAUCAGAAAAAAAAUUAUAUUAAAGGAAAUUUAAUUGAUAUAACAUUGAAUUUUGAAAAUAUUUCAUUAAUUGUGUCUGUUUUACUUAAAUAAACAACAACUAAAAAUUUUGGAAUCCAUCAGCUUUUUCCAUAUUGCUGUACAUACUUUGUUUUUGUGACAAUUUAUUGUACGUGCCUCACAUAGUCAUUCAAAAAUAUUAAAGUAGCAUUAUAUUGAAAUGGAUUUUGAAAAUGCAAAAGAAAAUAUUCAGCCAUUGGCUAGCGGAAGAAAUGCAAGUAUUUUAACAAGUUCUCUAACGUAUCAUUCUGAAUUACAAAAACAGCGUGAAAUUUUGGAAAAUGCAAUUCAUAACUAUGAAGGAGAAGAUCCCUUGGAACCAUGGUACGAGUAUAUACUAUGGGUUGAACAAAGUUAUCCAAGUGGAGGCAAUGAAAGCGGUUUGAAAAAGUUAUUAUUAAAGUGCUUAACUACGUUUGAAGAUGAUAAAAAAUACUACCAGGAUAGACGUCUGAUUAGGAUUUUCAUUAAAUAUAUUGAUACAGAAGAAAACCCUGUUGAACUUUAUCAGGAAUUGUUCAAUUCAGGUAUAGGCACCAUGAUUGCAGAUUUAUAUAUAUGUUGGGCUUAUUACUAUGAUCUUGUGGGGAAUUUUCAUAAAGCUGACAGUAUAUUUAGAAAAGGAAUAGAAGUGAAAGCUCAACCUUACGAGGAACUUGAACAAGCUUAUAAACAUUUCGGUUUCACUAUGUCUCAACGUAUACUUCACCAAGAUGAAACGUCGAAAGAGGAAAUGAUGACUUCAAUAAGAGAAAGAAGGCAUGCUUUAACUUCUUUAAGACCACAUAAGAAAAAAGUAGGAAGUAUUCGGACAGGAAGUGCUGUCAAGAGUUCAAACCCAGGGAAAAUCAAGAUUAAUGACAAAAACGAAUCUUUUGCAAAUAAUCGAAAUGCUAGAAUCCAAAUUUUUGAGGAUCAAAAUAUUAAUCCUAAUUUACCCCUUAAUCCACCAGAAAUAGAAGAGCAUCAUAUUCCUGUAGUAAAAAAUAUAAUUGAUAGUGUAAGGAAGAAGGAAAAUUUAAAAGAACCUGGUCCAUGGACGAAGGGAUUGAAAAAACGAGGUCAUUUAUUUGACCAUGCAAAAAGUCAAGAACAUGAAAUAGGAUUUACGAUACUUGAAGAUGAUAAAGAAAGUGAAGGCGAAAAUUCAAGAAAACUUUCUUCUAAAAAGCCUCAAGUUGCAACUCCGUUUACUGAAAAUUACGAGGAUAACUUUUCAAAAGGUAUACAACUGCCCAAAAAUUUUGCCAAACAAAACUAUCCACAAGGAAUUUGGAAAGUAGAAAUUAUAGCAGAUAAUGAAGUUCUUCCUGGUACUUUUCCCCAAUAUAACAAGUUAUUUCAUUAUCCGAAACCUGAUAUUGAGUUUUCAACUGAGGAGAUUUUAGCUUAUAAAUGGUUUUUAAAACAUGGAGUUCAAAAUAAAUUUACAGAAAUGAGUGCGAGUUACUUUGGUAAUGAAAUAAAUGUUGGUAUUCGAAUGUUCAAAAAUUUUCCAAAGACAAACCUACCGGAUAAGCAUUCUAAUUUUAAACUGUCACAGUUUAAACUAGAAAAUUCGCAAAGUUCUAAGUUACUGGUUAAUAUUGGCGAAGUAUAUUAUGAGGUGGAAAAUGGAUUAGUUCAAAGAGAAAAGCAAUUUGAAGAAAUAUUAUAUGAGAAGAUUAAGUCUGGAAAACGUAAAAUCAAAUUUAAUGCAAAUGAAACUAUAAUGGUUGAAGAAGGAAUGGAUGAAACACAAUGCUUUACUAACAUCGUUGGUAGAACAAGUAUAUUCCCCUCAAGAAAAUCGAUGGCUCCAUUUCCUACAGAAAGGAAAACGAUAUUUAAACCUUGGCCAUGUGUUCAAGAAGAAAAUCCAAAUCAUUUAGCUGCAGAUCCAAUCUCACCAGAAAUACAAACAGGAGAAACACAAAAUUUCACACCUGAUAACAUGUCGUUUGCGGCUUCAGCAAAUUUACCAUUUCCUAAAAUAUUUAAAAAUCUGGUUCCUUUAGAUUUUAAUGCAAAAACUUCCAAUGAGCCAUCAACUUCUAAAUCUCACAUUUCUAAUAUUGAAAUGGCGUCUAACAGCUUUGCACCAAAUAAUAUUUCGUCACAAAAAGGAGAAGCACAAAACUUUGUAUCUGAUAACAUUUCAUUUGCGGCACCAACAAACCUACAAUUUCCUAAAAUUUUUAAAAAUGUCACAGAUUCUAAUAUGAAGGGGCCUUCAACUUCCAAUUUCCAUGUAUCUAAUGUUGAAAUGGAACCAAGUGUCGCAGUUAACAAUUGUCCAGAAGUAAAUUUCAAUUUUCCAUCAGCACAAUUGCAAGAACAACAAGUAUUUAAGCCGCCAUUUAAAAUUUGCGAGAUGCAAGAAAAAAGUCCGGUAAAUAAUUCCGUCUUAAAUAAUGAAAACGACGUAAAAGAAGCAGCCAGUACGGAAAAUAAAAAUAUGGAUAAUUUUGUGAUUUAUGAAGAUCCCGACGGAAGUUUUAAAUUUAAACAACCCCGUCCGAUUAAACUAAAACCUCAAGUACCAGCAGUGGAAGAAGAAACCGAAGAAUGUAUUAAUACCAAAACACCACAAAUGGGAGUUUUUGCUGUUGAUGAAACAUUUUCCACUCAAAAUUUUAAUUUGUUCGUAAGAGCCCAACCAGCUAGUACUCCAAUUGGGAAGAAGUAUACUACCCAUAUUAAAGAACAAAUAAAUGAAAAAGUAGAAAAUUGCAUAAAACAAAAAACUAUUGAUGAAAUUGAAAAAAAUGGAGUUAAAUCACCAGAUGUAAUUGAUAACUUCAAUGAAGAAAAGCAAAAAUCAAAUUAUGAAAGCAAUAAAUUAAGUUUUCCUCUUCUUUCCAAAGAACUUCAGUGUACAUCCAGUACAAAUAUUGCUUUGAGUACAGUUUUAAACACAUCACCACAAUAUAAUGCAGAUCCACAACCUUAUAAACAACUCUCAACUAUAAUGGAAAUGUCCGAACCAAAUACAUUGGCUAUUGGCAGCACAAAAUCUUCUGUUGAUACACCAGGAACCUUAUCAUGCGAUCCUGAAAUAAUAAAAUCUGUAGACAUAAAAAGUAUUUCAAAUGAUGCAAAUAAAACAAAUAAAUCAUUGCAUAGCACAUAUAUAGGGAAUCCAAAAAUAUUUGAAACUGUUUCUAACACAAAACUUUCUGAAGGUGUGCAGAAAACUAGUUUGGUUAUUGAUGAUAAUUCUUUUAGAGAAAUAAAUAAAAAUAAUGAAACUAAAACCAAAAUAACAUCUGUAGAAGAAGAAAAUAUAAAAUAUAAAGAUCAACAAAAAAAUUUAGAAAAAAUUGCAACGAAUACAGAUAACGUUGAAAAAUUUGGUAAAGAAGGUGGAAAUUUUGGUAUUAAUCCCAAAACAGGAGAAUGUAUACAAAUCAAUGAUGCAAGUCAAUGCUUUAAUAUGAAGUCUAUACAAAUAUUUGAGGAAAAAACUGAAACGGUUCCCAAAAUGAUACUUAAGAAAUCUAGAGAAGGAACUCCUCAAAAAGAUUUAUACGAUUAUUUUGCAAAAACUCCUGAAAGAAAGGCACAAGCAUAUAAAGUCCAAGAUUUCAAUAAUUCUUUAACAUUUUCAAAAUUAAAUGAUCUUACGUUACCUAAAUGCCCAGAAAACAUCAAGUUUUCACCAAAAGAUUCCCCAGCUCCUAAAAUUGCAAAGUUUUCUUUUAGCAAAGGCAAUAGUGAAAAAUCAUCAAAUAAAUUUUCUUGUGUAGAAAAAAGUUUUGUCUCAGAAACUUAUUCUGUAGCAAAAUCAAAUUAUCAAGAAGAUCAAGUUUCAGAUCAACUUCAAAAUGACCUCUAUAACUAUUUUGUAAAAACACCUGAAAGAAAAGGACAAACUGCCGCAAUAUCGAAAACAAUUGAAAUUAAUGAUUCCUUGACAUUUGCAAAAUUAAAUGACUUGACGUUACCUAAAUGUCCUGAUAUUAAUAAAUGCUUACCAAAAACUUCCCCAACUCCUAAAUUAGUGAAUUCACUAGUUGUUGAAGAGAAAUACGUAACUCCUGUGUUUGACUUUGCUCAAAAACAAAACUAUCCAAGACAACAACCAAUUUUACCUAAUUUUAGCGAUUUAACUUUACCUAAGUUAGCCGAUAAAGAGUCAAAUUCCUUCGCUGAAAAUAAAAGCAGGAUUAAAACCGAACGUGAAAUUGUAUCGCAAACGUCAAACAAAUCUAUUCAUGAUACUAAACCCAUAGAUCAGAUUUCCCUGAAAACACACCCAGAUAUACACGAAUUAAGCUUACAUAUUAAAGAAGAAAUUAUAGAAACAUCACCGAAUCAAAAAUUAGGAUAUGAAGAAAUGCAUGCUUUUUCACUAAGUGAGCACUGCUCAGGUACACAAAUACCUCCUAAUCAUGAAAAAAUUGAAAAAAAAAUUAGAGGUGUGGAAGAUAUCGCAUGCAAAGAAAUGAGUUCUUUAAAAAUAACUGAAAAGGAUAAUGAUUGCAAUAUCCAACGAGCUUCUAAUAUGUGUGAUAAAGAAGAAAAUUAUUUGGGUCGCAGUAUAUAUACGAAAUCUAUAGAAUCUUGUAAUACACAAAAACACGCUUGGACUGAUGGAGAUGAAAGUGAUCCAGUAUCUGAUUUCGUACAUUUUAAUCCAGAAAAUCUAGAUCAAACAAAUAUUAUGAUCAAAGACAAAUUUUUAGAUAUCAAUGUUAAUCCGUUUUCUUCGGAGUUAACUACAGCUUUCCUUGAAAGUAUAGAAUUUACCAAUCAUAUUCAGCAAUUAGAUUCAUGCGAAUUGAAAGGUAAAAUAAAUAAGCUUAAUGCAGGUAAUGAUAUUGCUAUAAAAAACAAAAAGUUCACUGUUUGCAAAAUGAUUGGGGAAGGAACGUUUGGUACUAUUUAUAGCGCAAAAGAAAAAUACUCUGGAAAAAUGUUUGCUUUGAAACAGGAAAAACCUGCUAAUUUGUGGGAAUAUUAUGUUUGUCUUGAAUUGAGGAGUCGUGUGGAAAAUGUUGACAUGCUUCCGGCGUUUAUGAAUAUCGAAUAUGCUCUGAUUGGAAAUAAUGCUAGCAUUUAUGUUUCUCAAUUAUCACCGUAUGGGUCACUUAUAGCAGUUUGCAAUACUUACAAACGAAAAACAAAUAAAAAUUUGGACGAAUAUGUUGUAAUGAUAUUAACUGAUCAAAUUCUUCAAAUUAUUGAUCAUUUACAUGCCUUAAAAAUUAUUCAUGCAGAUAUAAAACCAGAUAAUUUCUUAUUAAUGACAAAACUCUCUUACCCAAAAAAUGAAUUAGCUGUACAAUUAAUAGAUUUUGGUGUUUCAAUUGAUAUGGAAUUAUUUCCAAAAAAACAAACAUUUAUGUAUACACAUGAAAAAGAUGAUUUUAAAUGUAUUGAAAUGCGUGAAGGACGCCCUUGGACAUAUCAAACAGAUUUAUAUGGUGUUGCUGGAAUAAUACAUGUACUAUUAUAUGGCAAAUAUAUGGAUGUUCAUAAAAAUUUAUGUGGAAUAUGGGCACCAAAACAACGUUUCCCAAGAUAUUUAAAAAAAGAUAUUUGGGGUCCAAUAUUUCAAAAUUUAUUAAAUAUACCCGAUUGUGAAUUAAUGCCUAAUUUACAAACUUUUCGUGCAGCAAUUGGUGAAGCAUUAUUUGAUAAAGAAAAAUAUGUUAUUGAAAAAGUUAAUGAUUUUAAUUUAUAUAUGAGUAAUUAAUAUUUAAAGUAAACCUAUUAUAUUACAAUAUUUAAUUUUAUUCAAUUUAGAUGUAUCGUAUUUUAAAA